UCGGAUUCGGAAGGGCUGUUCUCAAGAGUGCCUGAGGCGACGUGGGGUUUUCUGCUCACUUUGGGGAGUGGGCCUGGGGGACGAGGGAGGGUGAGGGUGGACGUCAGCAAAGGGGCGGGGCGCCUAGCCGCGGCUGUGAGGUGGUGGUGCGGGUGGGCUUGUAGAGCGGCAGGCAGUCUGGCAGGAGCUUUGAGAGGCAGCAAAGCAGCUGGGGACACCAGGGAGAACUGGCUCUUUGCCUCCUGCCUGGGCGCUCCCGGGCAGGCCACUGAGUGCUGGCGGCCACUCGCCUGUCCCGCAGGUGCUUUUGCUGCUCACUCAGCCUCACGGCCCACUGGGGCGCCUCGGAGGAGCUGCGGCUCGGUGGGGAAGCGGUGCAGUCAGGACUUCUUCCAGUUCUGUUGGACCCUGAGCCCAAGAUGCACCAUCGUCCAAGGGUCUUGGAGGCCACGGGUGGGGGGGGGGCGUUGAGCAGGGGGCUUGGACAGGGUCAGAUUAAGGAUGUAGGAAAGCUGACGCUGCAGUGAGGGUGCUCUGCCCCUGGCGGGUGAGGGCAGGGACAGGGACCACAGGGGACGCUGCCUGAUUGCUGUGGGCAGCGCCAUGAGCCGCCAGUGCUGGGCCCCGAGUUCCAGGUCAGUCCGGGAUGGGCGUGCGGGGCAGUCUGUUGUGAGCACAGGAGAUGUCGGUUCUCCCCCACCUGGGCUCAGAGCUGGGAGCCUUGCGGAGGCCUCCUGUUUGCUUCCUUAUCUAGAAGAGGGGGCUUAAGGUCCGUGUGAUACCCCAGCGCCCUGGUAACUGCUCACCAUUUGGGGGCUACACCUGGGAGGUGGACAGGGAGGGGGCCAGAGAGCCCUGCUCAAGGGCCCGUUAUUGGUGAGAGUUUCCACAGGAGCCCCACCCAUCACCCUGGCAGGUCAGAGGUCAGAGAUACAUCGGGGCUGCUCACUGGGGCCAGGGGAGCUACGUGGAGACCACCCCCCUUCUCCUGGUUGUUGGGACCGUAGGGAGUGUCCGGGAAGCAGGCGGUACUGCCCAGCUCCUCAUGCGUGUGCAGGACGGCCCUGACUGGGGGUCCGCUGGCCAGGACCCCCACAUAUCACCGUGGCCCCCAGCCCUUCUGCCACCUCCCCGCUCGCCCAGGCCUAGCCUUGGGAAGGGAAGGACGGUGCCGGUGCUGGUGCCGGGGUGGGCUGGGGCGGGCCCUAGAGGAAGGAGCCGCUUGACUCAGAGUUACAGGAAGAGUGGGGCAGGCGGGGCUGGCGGGGAGAACCACCAACUGCCCGCCAGCCCGCUGGGGAGGAGGGUGGGUGUCUGGGUGGGGUUUAGGUUGAGGAGAGGAUGUGACUGCAAAGCCAGGAAGCUACGGGGAAAGUUCUUAUUAAAACGCACAAACAAAAGCCAGGGCCUCGCCGUGCUUGGCGAUGCGUCUGGGGCAGCCGUGGUGAUUUGGACUGGGCCGGGGGCCCAGCCGAGCAAAGAGUUUGCUCUCAAGCACACGUGAAUGACCUCAGUGACGGACAUCCCCUCCUCAGGAGGAAAGAGCUGGAACCAGGUGACUCCGUGUCCUCGCUGCUCAGCGUGAGCCUGUGUUCUCGUCCUCGGAUGCCUUUUCCGGCCUGAGCCCUGCCCUCGAGAUCAGGCCUGGCUGAGGGGAGGCCCGCAAAGCACGUGGCUUGUGGCCUUCCCAGGACUGCCCUCCACUCCAGACGACUUCUGGAAGGACCCUCUGCACCAGGCCCCCGGGAACGAGCCUGAUGCUCCACCGAUUUCCGAGGAAAUUCCAGCCCAGCCAAACUAGGGGCUUCCAGCUGAUCACGGGUCCACAUCGGGUCACCCGUGCCGAAGGAAUGGGGGGCAGGCUAAGACUCGUCCCUGCAAAGCCUCAGGGGCCCCACGGGUGGGGGGAGGGCCUGAUGGAGCCGGGGCCCUGGUGUGUGCACCUAGCAGGGAGGAGGGGGAGGACUAGAUACCCAGUAAAUACCCGCUGGGCGCCAGGGAGGAGAUGCCCAAGGCCCGGCUGCCAAGGAGUCUUCCUCGAAGGCUCUGACGCUGGGGCUUCACGCCCCGCCUUUCAGCCCAGGUCACUGGAGAGCUUUUGGGUCAAGAGGCAUGUGGCUGCUGCCAGUCUGGCGGGGAGUGGUCCCGGACCCCGCGCAGGAGAAAAAGGUCACCUGUGGGCGGGUGGGGGCUUCCCCUGGAGAACUAGAUGGGCAGUGUGGACGAAAGUGCCUGGGUCUGAAGAUGACAAACGGGUGGCGGCGCCAGCACAGGACCCAGAAGGAGGGCUGCCCCGUGAGACCAGCCUGACCCCCCCCGCUCGCCCCUCCUGCCUCGACACCUCGGCCCAGUGCAGCCUCAAGUGCUGGGUUCACGCGUGCGUGGUGCACCCAGGACGGCGUCCAGAACAAAACCCCAUGGCUGGGAGUGAGGCUCGGUCAGGCAGCCCAGCACUCGAGAACCCCGAGCCCCCCGGAGCCUCGGUGCAGGCUGAGUGCGGCUGUGCUGCAGCCCCCCUGCCUGUAUGUGGCAGCCCUGCCCCAGGGGACCUGGGAACGAGGCCAACUCCCGGGCUCACGAGGGGUGCCGGGAGUGCUGUCCCACCCUGGGCUGUCACGGUGUCCCCGGGGCAGAUGACGUGCAGUCUAGGCUGUGCCUGGUGCUCUGCGGCCUCCACGCGGCAGCUGGGGCAGAGGCAGUGCUUCGGUGGCCAGAGUUACACGUUAACUUAUCCUGUUCUUGUUUAACUUGCUCCCGGGGAUGGCGGCAGCCUCUGACCCGUCCCGGUGCCCUGACUGACUGGCCACAAGGACAGAGAUUGAAUCCUGCCCAGCCCUUGAGGGAUCAGUCUGCUCGGCCAAGGAGCCCCGGGGAGCCGUGGGUGGCACCAGUGUCCAGCCUGCCUCGAGGAGGCCCCGGCCAGACCAUGGCAGGACCCUGCGAGAGGGCCCCUGACUUCCUCUCCCCAUCUGGAAACCAGGUCCUGUGGCCUGCCCUGGGCAGUGUGGUCACUCUGAACUGCACGGCCUCGGUGGUCUCUGGGCCCCACUGCCCCUUGCCCUCGGUCCAGUGGCUGAAAGAUGGGCUGCUGCUGGGCAAUGGAAGCCACUAUGACCUCCAUGAGGACUCCUGGGUCAAGGCCAACUGGUCAGAGGUGCUUGUGUCCAGUGUCCUGCGGAUCAACCUGACCAGUACUGAGGACUUCAGGACCUUCACCUGCUCCGUCCAGAACACCAGCUCCUCUUCCUUCACUCUUGGGAGAGCUGGCCUGGCUGGACAUGUGGCCGCGGUGCUGGCCUCACUCCUGGUCCUGCUGGUCCUGCUCCUGGCAGCGCUGCUAUACGUGAAGUGUCGACUCAAUGUACUGCUCUGGUACCAAGACACGUAUGGGGAGGUGGAGAUGAACGACGGGAAGCUCUACGACGCCUACGUCUCCUACAGCGACAGCCCCGAGGACCGGAAGUUCGUGAACUUCAUCCUGAAGCCGCAGCUGGAGCGGCGUCGGGGUUACAAGCUCUUUCUGGACGACCGCGACCUCCUGCCGCGCGCGGAGCCGUCGGCCGACCUCCUGGUGAACCUGAGCCGCUGCCGGCGCCUCGUCGUGGUGUUGUCCGACGCCUUCCUCGGCCGGGCCUGGUGCAGUCACAGCUUCCGGGAGGGCCUGUGCCGGCUGCUGGAGCUCACGCGCAGACCCAUCUUCAUCACUUUCGAGGGCCAGCGGCGCGACCCCGCACACCCUGCGCUCCGCCUGCUGCGCCAGCAUCGCCACCUGGUGACCCUGCUGCUCUGGAGGCCCGGUUCCGUGACACCUUCCUCCGAUUUUUGGAAAGAGCUACAGUUGGCGUUGCCACGGAAGGUGCAGUACAGAGCGAUGGAGGGAGACCCCCAGACCCGGCUGCAGGAUGACAAGGACCCCAUGCUGAUUGUGCGAGGCCGGGUCCCAGAGGGUCGGACCCUGGACCCGGAGCUGGACCCUGACCCUGAGGGGGACCUGGGUGUACGAGGGCCUGUCUUUGGGGAGCCAGCAGCUCCACCGCAUGCAAGUGGGGUCUCGCUUGGAGAGGGCCAAGGCAGUGAAGUGGAUGUGUCGGACCUUGGCUCCCGAAACUACAGUGCCCGCACGGACUUCUAUUGCCUGGUGUCGGAGGAUGACGUGUAGCCCCUGCCCCCUGGAGCAGCACGAUCACCAGGGACGGCUGGGGGCAGGGCUGAUUUUUUUCCCACUCAGCAGGACCACGAGCCCUGUCUACCUGCAGCCCUGGGACCUCGGGGAAAGAGAGUGGGCCCAGCGACCGUCCUUGUGCCAGAAAUAAAGUCCUUUGGAAUCCUG